CUGCGGGGCGGAGGAAGUGGGCAACCUCGGUCACCCUCCAUCUUCGAUACAACCGUAACGACAAUUUGCUUGAGGGGGAAACUGACAAAUAAAGGCGCACAGUUUGGAAGUGAAACUGCUGUAGGGGUGCUUGAACGAUGAGCGAGCUCAAUGUCAAGAAGCUCAAAGUCAAUGAGCUGAAAGAGGAGCUCCAGAAGCGAGGCCUGGACACUCGCGGGCUGAAGGCGGACCUGGCGGACAGAUUGCAGGCGGCGCUGGAGGCCGAGGAAGCCGGAGGUGCACCGUCCGACGAGCAGGAGAAAGAAGACUUUGAGGCCGGAGGAGAGCUUGGAGAGGGCAGUGAUGAUCAGGAGGAUGAAUUUACCGGCGGGGAGCAAGAUUUUGAUGAAGAGGCCAAGGCACAGCUUGACGAUGGAAACAGCACAGAUCUCUUCCAAGGUGGAUUUGAUGAUCAGGAAAAUGAGAGCAACGGGGACAGCACUGAGGCCCCUAUACCUGCUUUUGGAUCAUCUGAUGUAGUGCCAGAGCAGAAAAAGCAGUUCCAGGAGCCUAAGGCCAGGCAGGAGUACCAGGAUGAUGAGGUGAAACAGGAGUUCGAGGAGUCUCCCACACAUCCAGAGCCACAGGAGGAGCAGAACUUCGAAGAGCCAAAAUCCCGGCAGAUCCCAGAGGGAGACUCUAAUAAACGCAGCCAGCAGGAAAAUUCUGGACGUUAUGACAUGAAGUCCGAGUAUAAGGCUGAUGAGGAUGCACCGCAGCAGGCUGAGCGGUCCAGCGAGUGGGAUGCACAGGCCAAAUCAGAGGAUGACCGACACAGCUCACACAGUCGUAAAAGAUCCUAUGAUGAGAGUCGAGGAUAUGGUUACUAUGAGCACCGCGAAGAAAGAAGGGGAAGAUCACCUCAGCCCCCAGCUGAAGAAGAGGAGGAAGACAUUGAUGAUAAGCUUGUUGUCAUUGACACCUACAACUGCGACCUGCACUUCAAAGUGGCUCGUGACCGAUACAGUGGUUACCCUCUGACUAUUGAGGGAUUUGCUUACCUGUGGGCAGGUGCUCGCGCGACUUAUGGUGUUAACAAAGGACGUGUCUGCUUUGAAAUGAAGAUAAAUGAGGAAAUUCCAGUAAAGCACCUUCCUAGCUCUGAGCCUGACCCUCAUGUGGUGAGAAUCGGAUGGUCCCUAGAUACAUGCAACACUCAGCUUGGUGAAGAACCCUUCUCAUUUGGCUAUGGAGGAACUGGCAAGAAGUCUUGCAACUGUAAAUUUGAGGACUAUGGGGAAAAGUUCACUGAAAGUGAUAUCCUUGGCUGCUAUAUUGACUUUGAAAGCAGCGAGGAAGUAGAGAUUGCAUUCUCCAAGAAUGGCAAGAGUCUGGGCCCAUGUUAUCGCGUCUCUCGAGAGGAACUGGCUGGACGUGCUCUUUUUCCACACGUGUUGGUGAAGAACUGUGCCGUGGAAUUCAACUUUGGACAGAGGGAGGAGCCCUAUUUCCCACCACCAGAGGGCUACACAUACCUUCAGGAUAUUUCCCUGGAGGACAGAGUCAGAGGCUCAGUGGGACCUGCCAACAAAACUGACUGCGAGAUCCUAAUGAUGGUUGGUCUGCCUGGUAGUGGAAAAACUACUUGGGCCUUAAAAUAUGCAAAAGAGAACCCUGAAAAGAAGUUUAACAUCCUGGGCACCAAUGCUAUCAUGGAAAAAAUGAAGGUCAUGGGACUUCGUCGGCAGCGCAACUAUGCAGGACGCUGGGAUGUACUUAUCCAACAGGCCACACAGUGUCUCAACAGGCUCAUCCAGAUUGCUGCCCGCAAGAAGCGCAACUACAUCCUGGACCAGACAAAUGUAUAUGGAUCAGCCCAGAGACGAAAAAUGCGUCCUUUUGAAGGUUUUCAACGCAAGGCUAUUGUAAUUUGUCCCACGGAUGAGGAUUUAAAAGAUCGAACGUUAAAGCGAACUGAUGAGGAAGGGAAGGAUGUUCCCGAUCAUGCUGUAUUAGAAAUGAAAGCAAACUUUGUGCUGCCCGAUGUUGGCGAGUUCCUGGACGAGGUGAGGUUCAUAGAGCUUCAGAAGGAAGAAGCAGACGCUCUCAUCAAGCAGUACAACGAAGAAGGCCGCAAAGCCGGGCCGCCCCCAGAGAAGCGCCAGAGUAAUUUCCACGGUCGCAGUAACUUCCAGCGCUACGACAAUCGUAGCGGACCGCAGGGUAAUAGAAGUGGCUACCAGAACCGUGGCAGCUCAGGAGGCGGAGGUGGAGGCGGAGGCUUCAGAGGAGGAUACAACCGUGGAGGCUACAACCAGAACCGCUGGGGAAACAACUACAGGGAUGGAGGCUCAGGAGGCCGUGGUGGAUACAACCGCAACCAGCAGUCUGGAGGCAACUAUAACCAUAACCGCCAGGGCUCCUACAACAAGACUGUUUCUACAACAUCCGGAGGGUACAGCCAGCCACAGCCUCAGUCUUAUAAUCAAGGCUACAACCAGGGCUACACCCAGAGCAGCUAUAACCAAGGGUAUAACUACAGCAACUACAGUCAGUACCCAGCAUACAGCCAGACCUACAGUCAAGCCCCAGCAGCCACAGGACAGACCUACAACCAGCAGCAGCAGAGCUACAAUCAACAGUACCAGCAGUACGCUCAGCAGUGGCAGCAGUACUACCAGAACCAGAGCCAGUGGAACCAGUACUAUAACCAGUACGGCGGUUACGGCAACUACCAGCAGGGUGCUCAAGGCAGCCAGGGAGCCCAGGGAACACAGUAGUAGUAGCAGCAUCAGCGCCGUCUCCUGCAGCCCAUUCCCUAAGCAGCAUUCCUCAUGCCUUUUCCCUCAUCUUUCCCAGUCUUACCUUUUUCUUCAGCCGCGUAACCAUUUAUCCGCUCCCUAUUUAUGCCAACCUUAAAGAUAACCACACUUCUGUGGACCUCCAUUGCUCUUUGAGUUUUGGUGACAGGUUUCCCUUUUUUUGCUCUUCUACUAAAUAUUUGUUUACAUAAAGCUUUGUUUCCCCCCUCUGUGUGUACUUGUAGAUGAGAGGUUUUGAAUUUAGUAACAUGUGGUUUAGUCGACUCCAAAACAGCUCACACACUAUGAUGUGCUUGAAUGUUUCGAAAAUAGAGAAGGAAAUAUUGAGGAAGCUUUGCACGCUUGCAUUUACAUCUGAUGUAUAGAGAAAGGAGGCAGGGUGUUUUCUGUGUUCCGAUACUUUUACCACUGAUUUUAUCAUCAUUUUUGUUUUUUUAUUAUUGUAUAAGUUUAAAAGAACCACAUUCUGCGGUAGAUUAUUGGUAUUGUUCUGUAUAUCAUCAUAUGCCUGUAUGUACGCAUUGAUGUAAGACCAUGUAACGCUUAAGGUACAUGAUAUUGGACAUUUUAAUAACCCAAAUCUUGGAUAACAAUUCUGAUGUCUCAAACCGAUGAAGGUGAUCAUUGUUUUUUUCCUUUUUAUAUAGCAUUUUUAAAACAACUCUGAUUGGUCUAAUGCACAUCUACUACCAUGUUGCAGAUUAGUAACGAUCCAAACUAGUUCCUCGUGUGGAAAUGUUUUUACCUUGUGUCUCGUCUGUAAAGAAGUAUCUGCAUUUGGUUUUUGUGUCAAAUCAAAACACGUUAUUUUGUAUUUGAGAAUAUAAUCAGAAGAACAA